CUCCCCCUCCCCAGAGCGGCAUCUUCUUGUUUGCGAUAACUCUUGCUUCAGCAGCAUUGGCCAAUCCCUCUCUACUCUUGCGAGAGAUGAAACCCUCCAGGGCAUGGCGAUCCUCCAUGUGCGCCGUGCUCGCAGUAGCGAGCUCUCUGCUGCCCCCCACCGCCGUCGGCUUUGUCUCCCCGAAAGUGAACAUCGCAGUGAGCCACCGUCGUCGCACCGGAAGACGAAGCCCGCCGCCGCACAUGAUGCUUCCAUCAGCGGAAACAGCAGCAGCAGCAGGGGCGGAACAGUUGUCGCAGGAUGUGUUGCGUGCUGGUGAGCUUGUCGGUGGUGGUGCGGUGCCGCCGCCGUGGGCGGUCACGUUGGCGGACGACGUCGGCGGUGGCGGGCUGUUGGACAUGGAUCCGGCGAAGCUAGGGCUGUUUGCCCUGGGCGGGCUUGGCGUUGCCGCGGCCGGGUUCUCGACGGCAGUCUACUGGCGCAUGCAGUACGUGGUUGCGGCGCUGUUGACCAACCGGGUGCCGGCAAUACAGGGAGGGGCGGAAGUGCUGGAGCUCAGCGCUAAGGACACCAAGACCCUAUACUACAUGCCCACGGGGGGCGUGCGGAGGCUAACGCUUUCCACGGUGAAGGAUCUCGAGAACGAGAUCGUCAACGGCGCGGCCAUCCAGGCGAAGAUCCCCAUGGCCCUCGUCCGGAAGCAGGAGGGGACCAAGAUCAGCUGCACGUCUGGCACGAUGGACUGCGUAGUCUCCGUCUACGGCUUCUCCGGCGGCGUCGCUGCCGCGGCGGCGUCCAACAAAGGUGCGACCGCUGCCCCCGCGGGUACCCUCAAGGGCCUGGUGUCGGAGGUGGCUCGCGUGCUCAAGCCUGGCGGGACUGUGCUGUUCGUGGAGAAGGGGGAGUCACAAGAGUUGGUGGACGCAUUGCGGGAAGCUCUAGGCACGGUCGAAGUGAACAUGGUGACCAACCUCGUGGACCCCUACUGCGUGGCCAUGGCCACCAAGACUAAGGUGACCGAAGAAGACGUGGGGACCUUGUCCGGGGGAAAGUCGGCGGCAGGCGAAGGCAGGGGCCGCAAUCGGCGCGAGAGAAGACAGAUGAAGAAGGCCGCGGCGGCCAACAACGGUUUGUGAUUCAAGCGAGUAGCAAGUCGUUUGGGGUUUGAUGACCGUGCGUAUAUUUCUGUGUAAUCUGAACAAAGAGGGGGGCUUGCCGUCGCGUGGUUGCUGCUGCAGUUUUUGCUCGACUCCAGAAAUCCUGAGCUCUUCGGUGAUUUGUCCGGUAAUUUUGUCCGAAAGGCAGCCAGGAGAAGCAGCUAACGCGCGUGUGGGAACCUUUGAAUCGGCGUUAGGGGAAUCGAUCGGGAGGCUCGCGAGGCAGAACGUACGGUCGGUCCUGACGGCAAGGGGGGCUCGCGAAUGACAUUGACUUGGCACACGGGGUGCCUGUACGCCGGUGCUGUAUGCCUCCAACGCAAGAGCGCAAUGUGAAAAUCACCAAAUACGAGUCGAGACUUUAGUCCGGUGUUCGAAUGUACCUAGCCGAAAGGCGACGGAGAGACGCCCACGACAACAUAACCCUAAAGCGCACGGUGUUGUUGAUCUAGCCGUCCUCAUUUGUGGCUUCUCGCGGUUGGAGACAGAACAAAACCAUGCAGGUUGUUCGUUCUCAUCCACUUGCCUUUUUUUCUGCCGUGUUCAAUAUACCAGCCAGAAGAUCGAGAUUGCGGCAAUAGUGUUCGAUACAAUGACUGUAUGUUUCUUGUUGAUAGCUCGUAGGUGCAGGUGUUUUCCGCCACUGCAAGUACACGACCUCCGGCUGAUCUGCACUCUUCGCUGACUUUGUUUGGGGUCCCUCAGCAGCGCAAGAAUCCGUGUGGAGUGAAUCUAGCAUCAUGUUUGGAUCACUGCAUCGUUAUUGCUGUGUGAAGUUUUUGCCCCUGUAGUUUGUGGUCGAUUUCUUGCUGUGAGCAGGGGAGAUGUAAGGCUAGGUAUGGGGCGCUUCGUUGCCUGCUUGCGCUGAACAGCGCCAUGUGCUGGGUUAGGUCGUAAUCCAAGCUCGAAGUAUUUUUUCCGGCAAUGGCUGCGAUGUUUGUUUCUAGCCGGCGUCCGGAAAAAGCGUUGUUGUGCUUCUCUGCAUUGAACCACAUCAUUAUUAAUGACGGCCGUCGACGCGGCCUCAGGAUGCCAAGCACUCCAUGAUAUCCCCGAUUGAAUUAUUCUCGCUUUUCGACGGGCCUCACUCGAAGAGAUGGAGUAAAAACGCCUGCAUCUUGUUGGUUUGGUUCUUGCUGAUACGUU